UGUUGCGACCCUUAAAGAGGAAAAAGUGUUAAACGAGUAAAUUCGACGGCAGACUUGAUUUUGUACGGUCGGCGACUCAAUCGAGUAAGAGCGGAGUAGCGUAAUUCCUCCGUGCAAUUUCGUCCUUCCGAGCCGCCAAAGAAAUGGAAUUGGCCCCGGAAGUUCAGCAGAGGAUCGAAGCGACUGUGCGUCAGGUGCUCGAGGAAUCCGACAUGAGCGAGACGACCGAGUACAAGGUCCGUAGGGAGGCGUCGGAGCGGCUAAAGAUGAACCUGUCGCAGCCCAAGUACAAGCCGUUCGUGAGGCAGGUCGUGGAGGCGUUCCUCGAGGAGCAGAAGGCGAAGGAGGAUCAGCAGGCUGAGGAGGAUCCGGAGGAGGAGGACGCCGGCCGAGGGAAGAGAUCCGAUGGAGGCAAGGAGUACACUGAUGAUGGCGACCUUAUUAUCUGCAAAUUGUCGGAGAAGAGAAAGGUGACGAUUCAGGAGUUCAGAGGCAAAACGUUGGUCUCAAUCAGGGAGUAUUACAAGCAAGGAAGCAAGGAGCUCCCUACUUCAAAAGGUAUAAGCUUGACAGAGGAACAAUGGGGAGCCUUUCGGAAGAAUCUGCCUGCCAUACAGAAAGCUAUCAAGAAGAUGGAAUCUCGUGUAUAAUAAGACUAUUGGGCUGCUGUCAUAGGAAUGCAAUGUUUGAAACUCAAAACUUUCUUGGCCUAACCAGAGUGUUUCCGACUGCUGUUGAGUACUUUUGUAAUCUGAGUGUUCGUGUUGGUACUUCUUGUGUGAUAUAUGUAAUGGCCUCAGAGUUGAACUAUGUUGCAUUGUAUCUUUGCAAGUUCAGGAUCAGUAGCUGGGAUUGAUCUCCAUAAUUUCAGGAUCAAUCCCGUUGUUUAUCCCUUAAGAAACCUGCCGGUUUUGAUGUACAUGUAAGACAUAUUCUUCUCUAUUCCAUAAGAAUAUCCAUUACAGAUGGAA